UACCUCCCCGUUUGUGCUGUUAUGUCACAAGUAUCCCCUGGGGUCGGUCCUUCUCCUAGAUUCUCAUUCCUCAAACAGCGGAUGCUGACACUUGUCUUCAAUCUCAUUGGCUUGGGAGAGGGUUUUUCCCAGAUCCCGUCACCUGGCACAGCUCAGGGAGGGUUUUUAUAAAAGGAGAUGCGGCAACCGGGGAAGAAUACACUGAAGCUAGUCUGCCUCGCAGCUUCUCUCUCGCAGCUUCCCAAACAAAAUUUAUCCAUCAUGACGAUGCUGGGCAGGUUUGUUGCGGUGCUUCUGCUGACCUGGAGUAUGUGUGCAGCUGCUCUGCCGGGGGAAGAAAACUUUUCUGCACAGACCAGCAGGGAGCCAUCCAAAGCUCAGAAAAUCCUCGUUCUGAAAAUGCUAGCAGGGCUCCUAAACGGAGUCGACGCAGAUCACGAGGCAGCGGCUUUCGCCGACUUCCAAGAUCCUCUAGAAAGAAAGCUGGAGGAAGAGCCCUUGAUGCUGGGGCCCUCACCACACCUCAGCCCCCGAGACCGCAAAACUCCGUGUAAAAACUUCUUUUGGAAAACUUUCACUGCCUGCUAACAAACCCUCCAAGGCCUUUCGGGCAUCCGGAGCUGU